CAUCUCAUCUCGCUCACAGCAACCGGCGACAUCACUCUCACUACUGCAGCUCAGCUCAGCUCAGCUCAGCAAGCAAAUUGUUCGAUCGAUCGUCGUCGACUAUGGCCGCCGCCUCCUCCUCGCAGCAACCACCGCGCCUGCUAGUACUCGUGGCGGUCUCGUGUCUCCUCCUGCAGAGUGCCAUCACCAGCAGCUCGGCGGAGUCGUCGAUGCAGUGCCACGAGGAGGACCAGGAGGCGCUGCUGGCCGUGAACUCCGCGCUGGGCAGCCCCUACCACUUCGCGUCGUGGACGCCCGACACCUUUUGCUGCGACUGGUACGACGUGGACUGCGACAACGUCACGGGCCGCGUCGUCGGCCUCACCGUGUUCGGCGACGGCAACCUGACGGGCGCCAUCCCGGACGCCAUCGCCAACCUGACCAACCUCCGCACGUUGGUCCUGCGCCACCUCCCGGGCAUCUCCGGCGGCAUCCCGGUCUCGCUCGCGCAGCUCGCCAACCUCACCCAGCUCACCAUCUCCUCCACCGGCGUCUCCGGCCCGGUGCCGUCGUUCCUGUCGCAGCUAACGGAGCUCACCCUCCUAGACCUCUCCUUCAACUCCCUCGACGGCGCCAUCCCGGAGACGCUCGCCGACCUCCCCGCCCUCUCCAGCAUCGACCUCAGCCGCAACCGCCUCUCGGGCCCCGUCCCGCCGCUGCUCCUAAGCAAGUACGUCGACGACCAGGCGGCGUACCUCAUGCUGUCGCACAACAACCUCUCCGGCAGCAUCCCCGCCGGGUUCGCCUCCGUCAGCUUCGCGUACCUGGACCUGUCGCGCAACGCCUUCGCCGGCGACGCGUCGGGCGUGUUCGGCAAGGGGAAGCCGCUGCAGCACUUGGACCUCUCCCGCAACGGCUUCGCCUUCAGCCUCACGGCCGUGGACCUGCCGGAGCAGCUGGCGUACCUGGACCUGAGCCACAACGCCAUCCGCGGCCGCAUCCCGGCGCAGGUGGCCGACCUCGCCGGGCUGCAGCUGUUCAACGUCAGCUACAACAAGAUGUGCGGCGUGGUGCCCACGGGAGGGAGCAUGGCCAAGUUCGACGCCUACAGCUACCAGCACAACAAGUGCCUCUGCGGCACGCCGCUGCCGGCAUGCGGCCACCGUUACUAUUGAUCGAUCGAUCCAUCCAUCUAUCGAUCAUGAAAGUGUCAUGCUUGUUCUUGUGUACGUUCCAGCAAGGUAAAGUACAGUUCCAGGCAAGGUAAAGUACACUUCCAGCAUUGGAUCGAGCUGAGACUGAGAAGCAACUAUAGCCAGUGUGGUGUGGCAGUGAAUAAUAAUGCAUGGUUAUCUGUGCCUGCUAGCUAGGCAUAUAGACUGAUUAAUAAGCUCAAUGCAUAAUGUACUAUAUAUAUAUAUGUGAGUCUCUCUUCCAAUCGAGUACCAGCAAUAAUAAUAUAUUAUAUUGUUGCUUCAGAAAA